UAAGUUUGCGACUUUUUUAAUAUUAUCAGCAACUAUUCUAAUGCCAUGUCUACCAAUGACUGGGGAUUGAUGGGCCAAAACACGCCGUCAAAUCCUCAACGCCCGGGCAUGUCAAAGAGGCUCGACUCCGGGCCCAGGAUCCACGAGAGCCUGAGCCUAGGAGAGCCGGCCCGGGCCCGAACGGCACACCACGCGUAUCCCCCUAUGUUCGUCCCUGUUUCUGCCGCUUUAGUCAGCUUUGCGUCCGUUAUUCCGCCCGAAGUGCCGGCCAUCAACCGGUGGAAGGACUGGAUCCAACAACUUGGCCCGCGCCUAUUCACAAUUCCGCUUGGUCAAUUAUUCAUUGCACGGAAUUGGACCGCGGUUUCCGCCCGUCAGGCUUCAGCACACAGUGGGUUGGCCGGUGACACCGGGAAAUCGCCUUGAUUGGUUCGCUGGAUAGAUGCACUAUAAGUAGCAGUGAGUGAGUGGGGGUGGGUCUAAGAAAUCGACAUGGCUAUAUCAAGCAUUCCUCCGUCGACUGCCAAACUGUUUACGCCGGUGACGCUGGGGUGCGUGACGAUGCCGACCAGGAUAUUCAUGGCGCCCAUGGCGCGCAACCGGACGACGGACACGGUCCCCAACGACAUCAUGCGAGACUAUUACGUGCAGCGCGUACGUGGCGGUGCGGGGCUGAUCGUGACCGAGGCAAGCCUCGUCAGCGAGCAAGGAACGGAGUGGGCUAACUCCCCCGGGAUGUGGAGUCGCGAGCAGACAGAGGGCUGGAAGAAGGUCGUCGACGCGGUGCACAAGGAGGGGGGACGGAUCUUCUGCCAGAUUGUGCACACUGGACGUGUAUGUCACCCUGAUGCACCGCAUCAAAUUGCCUCAGGAGAGCCUGUCUGGGCCCCAUCUGCCGUCCGCGCCGCAGGUGGCAAGUUCCGAUUCCUGCCGGGUAUUCCCGGUUAUGUGACUCCGACCGAGAUCCCCGACCCAAUGAAGAUCGUAGAGCUGUUCAGGAUUGCCGCACUCAAUGCCAAGGAAGCUGGGUUUGACGGUCUGGAGAUCCACGGUGCCACCGGCUACCUGAUCCAUCAAUUCAUCGAUCCUAGCGUGAAUCUGCGCACUGACAAGUGGGGCGGCAGCGUAGAGAACCGCACGCGGUUCCCACUCGAGAUCCUCAAGGUCGUCCGCCCCAUUUGGGGCCCGAACGUGGCCUUCAAGUUCAACCCAGGCGCGGGAUACAACGACAUGGGUUUCCCGCUCGACGAAACCAUCGAGACCUACGGCUACCUGCUCACCGAAAUCGACAAGCUGGGACUGGCGUACGUCUGCCUCCUGCAGUACCUCGAUUCUCUCGACCCCACGAAACGCGGGACACCGCACGAUGUGUGGGAGACCUACAAGCCGUUCCUCAAGAACACGCCGCUCAUCCCCAACGGCGGGAUUACGCCCGAGCAGGCGCUCGAGUGGGUCGAGAGCGGGAAGUACCCCGCUGUGCUCAUUGGCAUCCCGUGGAUCUCGCACCCGGAUUUGGGACGCCGCAUCAAGGCGGGCAAGCCGCUCGAUAAUGUGCUCGACGGUCCGCACGUGUAUGGAGGAGAUUACGAGCCGUCAAUCGGGUUCCUGGACUAUCCCGAGGCGAUAUAUGACUAGAACUCGAGGUUUUCUUUCGAAUAUUUGACCUGUAUGACGGCCCCUGUGCGCAAAUAAUCAUCGAUCUA